UGCCCCCCCCCCCCCCCCCCCUCGCGCGCCGGGAUUCUCCUCCCUCCCACCCACGGCGCCGCAAAAUGGCCUCGCGCGGAGGAGCCAGCGGCGAGGAGGCGGGGGCGGAGGCGGCGAGGAGGGGCGGAGGCGUUGGGGGAGGGAGAAGGAUGCGGCUGUUCUCGCCGGAGUACUACGCGCUGUGCUUCGGCGGCGGGAUGCUGGCGGCCGGCGCCACCCACCUCGCCAUCACCCCGCUCGACGUCCUCAAGGUCAACAUGCAGGUGAAUCCAGUUAAGUAUAACACUAUAUGCUCGGGACUGAGUUCUCUUGUAAGAGAAGAGGGCGCUUCGUCGCUUUGGAGAGGCUGGGGAGGGAAGCUAUUCGGCUACGGCGCUCAGGGUGGCUGCAAGUUUGGCCUCUACGAGUUCUUCAAGAAGCAGUAUUCUGAUGCGCUGGUGGACAGCAACAGGAGCACGGUUUACUUUCUUAGCAGCGCCUCUGCUCAGAUCAUAGCUGAUGUUGCCCUCUGCCCCUUUGAAUCGGUGAAAGUCCGUGUGCAGACACAGCCCAUAUUUGCAAAAGGUUUGGUCGAUGGCUUUCCAAGGGUGUAUGCCGCUGAAGGCUUGUCUGGAUUUUACAGGGGGCUUUUACCGCUUUGGGGGCGAAAUCUUCCAUUUUCUAUGAUAAUGUUUUCGUCAUUUGAGCAUACCGUGGACUUCCUAUACCAGAAAGUCAUUCAAAAGAAGAAACAGGAUUGUUCAACAGCACAGCAGCUUGGUGCCACAUGCCUGGCUGGAUAUAUUUCUGGUGCUGUUGGUACUGUUGUUUCAAAUCCUGCAGAUAACAUCGUUUCUUCUCUGUACAACAAAAAGGCUAAAAACGUUAUACAUGCUAUAAAAAGCAUUGGAUUGCGUGGGCUGUUCACAAGAAGCCUGCCCAUUCGAAUUACCCUUGUAGGGCCUGUCGUGACCAUGCAAUGGUUCUUCUACGAUACCAUUAAGAUAUUUACUGGAUUGCCACCCAGUGGAGGGCUUCCUCGUGAUCUGGAAAAACUUGACACGUAAUAUGACCUGUUCUACAAAAGUUUAUCGAUACAUUUUUUGGUUUCUCAGAGGCACUCAGAAGUAUUUUACCCACAGUUCUGAGUUCUUGAUGAUUAUGACGAGCGUGAGUGAUUUGUAGUUGUAGGGAACAGUAGCUAACUGAACCAUAUGAAGGAUUUGUAUGUUCUAGACGCAUCUUAGACAACCAUAAGUCCAUGAACUUCAGCACCCCUUUGGCACCUAUGUUACAGCCUGGUGUGUUUUCAGGAUGCUUUGUAGUAUCUCCAUUUAAGUUUGUUAUGUGAGAAAAUGUCAUUUUGUCGUGCAUGCAAAUGAUCGGCUAGAGAUCCAUUGUAAAUAAUGUUGCGAAGGAUGAAAACUGGUAUCAUAGUAUUAUGUUUGAUGUUACUGUUCUUUA